AUGUCUUCUCCUGCUUUGACCAGCAUAAUCUCACGCCCGGAAAACAGAUACGCCAAUUACCCCGAGGGAAGCAUCGACGACUCGCCUGUUCUAAGACAGAAAAAUCCAAAUGUCUUUUUCCCUCCCGAAUUCUUCCCCGUCAUCAGGGCAGACCUGAACGGGACUUUUUUCUGCGACUAUGAUAUCGACGGCGACGGAAACGUCACCAAGCAUAUAUCAUGGGCCUGCUUCAAGAUCAAGCACGUCGUCAAACCAGGCCUUUACACUUGGAUCCAAACGGCCGUCUUCGUCCAAUGGCACCCGCAAGCAAACCGGCAGCUCGUCUUCUUCCUGAACCUACCAGACGUCAUGGCACAGUAUCUCGCCGUGCAUCGGCCCUCCCCGGCCCAACGCGGGAAUCCAUUCAUCUGGCACACGCUUUUCGCACAAGGCGUGGUGGAAGAAUACGAUUCGUCAAUCUGGUCUCUGCGUCAUCUCGUCCGGCCGAUCGAGAAGGUAGCCAUUUACCCAUCCGGCCAAUGUUCUGAUUCCCAAAGCUGA